AUGUGGCUGCUCCACAUGGUUUGGACUGCGCUUCGCCUCUGGAGAAAUGCGAAGAGACCCCAGGGACAGGGAAGUGGACAGACGGCCUCAACUUCCAUGGGGACAGGCUGCCUGGGAAAGCACGCCGUCUCCAAAUACGAAUUGCUCUGCCUACUGGAGGCCAAAAUCUCCUUGCUGGUCAGGUGCCUGAGGCAUACCUACCGCCUCCGCCUGAAAGAGCUCCGGCACCAGUACUCCAGGAAGCUGGAGGCCAUCAUCGCCCUGAUGAUCAUGUUCCUGCAUGGUGGCCAUGGCCAACGGCUGGACGGCAGCCAGGUGACCAGGGGAGAAAGCCAGCCUCGUAAGGACCGUCGGGGAGCCCUGCGGACGCUGGUCUCAGCUUUAAUCCCCUACGUCUCCUGGAGACGUUCCUGUUCCCUCUUCUCUCCCGGGCAGACUGCUUUUGGGGAAAGGCAGAAGGAGGCACAGCAGUGCAGGCAGCAGAGGCUGCGGCGACUGAUCGAGGAGCCGGCAGAGAUUGUGCGCAGAGCUCCGCACCGACAGCAAGCGGAGGAGAACCAUCAGGAGCUGCACGGCGCCAUACAGCAGCUCAACACUAAGGAGGAAAAGCCCUGUGCCCUGCUGGCAGCCUGGCUCAAGGAGGAUGAGCAGGAGAAUGAGGCGCUGCAUCAGGACAUAAGACACCUGGAACAGGCACUGGAGGAGGAAGAGGCCUGCCACUAUCACAGGAAGAAGGAGGCAGAGACGCUGGAGACUGUGCUGCCGGAGGUGGUGGAAGCACAGCUGGAGAGGGAUGUGCUGGCGAGGAGACGUGGCUUCUGUUACUGGCUGCAGACACUCCUCCUGCUCUUGGUCAGCCUGGAGCUGGUCAUCAGCUUCGCAGUGGCUGCCGCCGUGCUCUACGCCUCCUGCUACCACCCUGGGCUCUUCUGCCGCCUGCUGCCCCGUGUGCUGCCUGAGGAGGCCUAUGCCGACCUGGCAUAUGCAGUGGGAAAGAUCCUCCCAGCGGUCAGUGAGGGGCUGCUGCCUUUUUGACCGCCCCUCCCAAUAAAGCCUUGUCUCUCUCCA